AUGAUUAAAAACUACCAGGGAGCGGUCAAUGCAAUUAUGGGAGGUUUAUGUGAAGAGCAGCUGGAGGAAGCAAAGAAGACUGCAAUAGAGUGGUCUAGCAAGGCUCCUCCUACGGAUGUCCAGGCCGAGUUCGCUCAGAAGAAAGCUCCUGGUAUGAUGAAAGAUCUUGCGACUCAGUUAUGGAGGCAGGCUGAGGAAGGGGAAGUGAGGAUCAAUGGAAUGGACUUCAAUGAACAGUUGGAAGGUAAUAGUUUCACCGAUACAAAGGACUGGAAGCCCAUGUUAUCAGAGUGGAAUGCCUAUGUCGGAGAAGAGUUCGUCAAGUACUUACACCAUGUUGUGAUACCAGCAGUCGAUCAGAAUGAUGAGGAUGACAAUGAGGAUAUGGGGGGGAAGGAGAGCGGAAAGCACAGGAGAAAAAAGGAGGAAUUUGCCUUGGAGGUGGAUGCCUAUGGGCUUCCAGUCAUGCCAGAUAUCGAGGCCCUCAGCCUAGAGAAAAAAAAGUGUCUUAUCUGCACAUUCCUCACAAGACACUACAGGUUUUGCAGUCAAAAGCCGAAGGCUUCCAUUCCUUGGUCUGCAGUAAGGGAGGCUCAGGAUGAUUUUAUUGAGCCCAAGUUUUUACCUGCCGGUGUGAAGAUCAAGGACCCGUCAAAGCUUCAGUUGCAUGAAGCCGACAGGUUGUUAGAGUUCUGGCAUCAGAGACAAAAGGACGCGGUUCCAUCAACAUUUGAAUUCAAAGGCUGGCAAGACCACGACAAGGAGAUGAGAGAACCAGUGAAGAGGACCUCUGGGCAGGUGGAACAAGACUUGAGCACCGAGGAGGAAGAUCGUGAUGAAGGUGCUAUGGAUGGCAUGAGAUCCGGUCUAGCUACUGCAAAGACCAAGGUUCCGGUUAAAAAGCCGGCCAGAAGGACAGAACACCGGUCACAACAACUGACCGGGAAGCUGACCGGACAGGUGGAGCAGGAGUCAAGUAGUGAGGGGGAGGAUGGUGACGAAGGUGCUGACUAUGGCAUGAGAUCCGGUCUGGUGACAGCAAAGACCAGGGUUCUGGUUAAAAACACAACCGGAAGGAAGGAACACCAGUCACGAAACCCAACUGGCAAGCCGACCAGACAGGUGGAGCAGGAGUCAGGCAGUGAGGAGGAGGAUGGCAAGGAAGGUGCUGGCGAUGGCACCAGACCCGGUCUAAUGACUGCCAAGACCAAGGUUCCAGUUGAAAAGCCGACCGGAAUGAUUGAGCCCACCGUUCCAGCUACAGCAAAGGCCAGGGUUCCAGUUAAAAAACCAACUGGCAAGCCGACUGGGAAGUCAACUGGAAGGAUGGAACACCAGUCAAGUGGCGAGGUCCAAAUCAAUUGGAAGGCGAAAUCGAACUGA